GGCAGGUUUUCUACAUCUGCGUGUGUGGGAUUGGCUGCCCGCUCUAAAAGGGGGAGUACGGUCUAUGACAAGCACUCAAACUCACAGACACACACACACACAAUCUGUGUGUGUCUCUUUGUGUGUGUCCUUGAGUGUUGAUGAUGAUGCAGCUUUUCUGAACCGAAACUGAAAGUGUUCUUUCAGGAUGACGUGAGGGGGAUUCAGACAUCACCUGCUCUCAGCUGCAUCCAGUCCUGGUCCCGGUCGAUCUGAUCGUCGUCCUGCCCGCGCGGAAGUACUUUCAGCUCCUAAUGAGUCAUCAGAGGAGUAAAGCAGGAGGUGCAGAGGAAAGUGGAGAAGAAGGAGGAGCCUGGAGCAAACUGCCAAGACUGAAGAUCCCCUCAAAGAUCUGGAAGAACCGCAAACUGCACAACAACAAUGAAGGGGAUGAGGUCAAGCAGGUGCAAGUGGAGAAGGAGGAGCAGCUGGAAGAAUCAAGCAGGAGGCUGAUAGAGAGGGAGGAGGACCUGUUCAGCUAUGACUCGGUCAAUGAGGAAGAGGAGGACGAGCUGCACAAAGACUUCGAGGCUCUGCAACUGAAGUUGUGGAUGGCCAUCAAUGACACCUUCACCCCCUCCUCCUCUGCAGGGGAGCUGAAGGUCCUGAGGAGUGCCAUGGUGUCUAUCCAGCAGCAGGAGGCGCAGGACCGGCACUGGAGAGACUGUCAGGAGGAGCGAGUCCCAAGAUGGCGUCCUCAGAAAUGUCUCAGCAUCCACAACAUACUGCUCCAGAACAUGGUGGAGGGCCGAAUAAAGGAGGCUGCCAAAGACACCUCGGGAGGAACCGACUGGCUCUCUUCACCUGUGAAGAGACAGGUGUGUCGAGUGGGAAGAUGUGUGAAGGAAGACCUGCUGACGGUGGUGAGGAGGGUGAAGAACUGCUACCCUCCUCACAUGGACAUCAUGAACCUCUACGCCGGCCUGUACCAUCAGGAGUUCUCGGCCCACCUCACUCAGCUCACCGCUGCAGGGCUGGACGACGAUGACUGCAGCUACCUGUUGUCCUGGGUCAACCAGUACUACCCACAUGAAAUCCUGGAACAUACGGAGCUGGAUGGACAGAUAAAGGUGCCCUGUCUGGGUUCUCUGCUCCCGCAAAAUGAGCUGAAGCUGCUGGAGGAGCAGUACCUGACCCACAAAGAGGAAAAGGUGAAGCUGUGGCUGAACACUGCCCUGAAGAAGGAACAAGAGAACUGGCUGAGUGGAAGGACACCCGAAAUCAUCGAUGGUUAUUACUUCAGUUGUCUGGCUGUAGACGUCAUACAGGUGAUGACCGGUUCCCUGUCUGAGUUCAGCUGUGCCAUCAAAGACAAGAGAAAAGCUCAGAGGCUCACAGUUCAGCUUGAGAACUUCAUGUACAGCUAUGUGAAGUGUGUGGAAGAGUUUGUGAAGGGAAACCAUGGUAAUGUCCGCUCGGUGAUCAAAGCUCAGCUGGUCUGUGAGCAGCAACUCAGGGAUUACAUCACAGCUGAAACAGGAAAUCUGUCUCAGGAGCAGAAGCAUGGCUGUCUGAAUGCGCUGUCUGCCCUGAGGGAUUGUGGGUACAGAUAUCUCACCUGUUCUCUUCACAUUAGACUGAAGAAGGUGUGUUGGAGUCAGCUGUGGAUGCCGCGAUGGCUGAAUGGCUCACUUCCUCUCGUCGACUUGCUCCUGGACUCUCUGAGCCAACAACUGGUUGACCUGACUGACCUGAAACCAGUCUGCAGAGAGUUGCUCCUUUGUGACCUGCAUCAGGAUGUGGUCCUUAAGUAUGUGAAGAGGAUGAUGAAGACCAAGAUGAAGAGCAAGGAGCAGCAGACUGCCGGAGCUCAGCGGAUGAUUGAAGACGCCAAAAAGAUCAACAGCUUCUUCUCUGAGGAGGGCUGCAGCAAGGCCUCGUGGCUCUGCGAGAUAGUAUGCAAACUUGCAGAGAUCCUCCGUCUGCAGGAUCCUGCCAGCAUUCAGCUGGAACUCGUCACUCUGGCCCGGAACUUCCCCGACCUCAGCGGUGCGCAUGUCUCGGCUCUCCUGUCUCUUAAAAUUGGGCUCUCAGCUGCUGACACUCGCUCUAUCAGACGCAGUGUGGAGGAGAAUCACCACGGUGACGUCUCCACCAAUUACAGUCCUCCGUUCUUCUCCAAGGUCAAAGUCAAAUGGAUUGACAACAAGAUGAAUCAGAUGGGACUGUAGGUAUAACAACAUGAUGUUAGUAGUUCAGGAUGUGAGCAGUGUUUCCUGUAUGCUAGCCUUCUAUUUCAUCCUAAUGCAAGCAAGUAUUUUGUUGUGAAAGGUGCUGCUGGAGCCCAUGAUGAAGGACAGAGCAGCAAACACAGUGGCUAUGUCCAAAUUCAGGGGCAGCAUGUUUCGAAGGACCCAACCUAACCAGUCCAUGUAGGGUGGGUCCUUCGAAAGCUCAUCUCACACUUCUGUUUGAUAUUUAUUCAGCUGUGUGUAAACUAUAACUUUAAUCUCAGCCAAACCAAUUUACUCAAGAACAAAUAAAACACUGGAAAAAAACCCCAAUAACAUUCUAAUUUAUCUAUUUGACUAUUUGAAGACCGCGGGGGUCUGAAAACGAUUUGCCGGGAGUCCGGUGCUCUCUCCGGCUCUAGUGAGCCUUAACCUCCCAGUCAGCUAUCGAGUUGGUGGGUAACAGACGUCUCCGAAAACAUCGGAGCACUUUUGCAAA